AUGAGCAGUGGGCUCUCCGGAUAUGACCUUCCUCCUGACGGAGCACCGAUUCAAGUGGUCACCUCAAUAGUCCUGAUUACCGUCGUCAACCCGAUUCCUACUGCCACAGCAACACCCUAUCUCACUGACUCUACUGCGGUACUAACCAAUAGUACUAUCCCCAUCCGCGAUGCACCUACCACCAAUGAUAUCCCACUCCAAGUCACAAACUCGGUUUCACUCGUUGCAUGUAUUCUAGUGAUAGGGACAUAUUUUAUCUUCCUUCGCCAGAACCAGCGGAUUAUGGAGCGUCCUUCACUCGUGCUUGCUGUUUCAAUGGCCGCUGCAGACGCCGUCCUCCAUGCGAUAAACCUCUUUGGAUACACUGACCUGAAAGGCUUUGCGUGUGCUUUUUGGGGAGGCUUCUUCUAUGCAUUCCCCACCCUCAUUUCCAUCUUCUACUCCUUUUGCAUCGCCCUCAACACUCAACUCGUCUUUGUAUUCUCCAAGCGUCCAGGAUGCACGACACUCAAGUAUUACAUCUUCCUGCCCAUCAUCGUUUCCGCCUUCAUCUGCAUCCCCGCGCUCAGCGCCGGAGUAUAUGGCUACGAUGCAAACUACGACUUUUGCUGGUAUGCAUCGGACGGAAUACAUCAACGCAAGGUUGUCAUAAGCUAUAUGCUGACGUUUGGGAUAUGGUGUCUGGCCGUCACGGUGUACUUGGUAAUAGCCGCAGUUACGAUCAUUUGGGUCGUCUUCUCCAAGACCUCCGAGUUGAACUACCUGGCUACAUCGCUUCCUUGGAGUAUAGACUCCACUGCGUCUAGUACGCAAUUCGAAUCAGCGCCUGAUGAUGAUGCAAACUUCUCCAUUCAUGCAUCUCGCGGGCACUCCAGUACAUCCGCCUCUGAUGGUUCCCCUUCAGAUACCUCUCAUCAGAUGUCAAUUGGACACUCUAGCCCCGCCAUUAGAGACGGUCUAGGUAUGGCGGAUGAUCAAUUGCCUCGCCUCUUUGGGCCUACACCGUUGAUAAUUGGAGAUGCGGCGUUCAAUCAAUCAGAGAAUGUGUCGGAGCCGAUUUCACCAAUCGCAUGGGUCAAUUUCUGGUCAAAUUUCAUGCGCGGCUCGUCAGCGACUCACGGUGGGUCAGCAUCCCAGUCAUCCCAACGUCCUACACUCCUACGACGUUCGCUGGCCAUGCGGGCUCUUGCGAUGCGAUUGCUCGGAUACAUAUUCAUACCGGCAAUCUGCAUUCUUCCAAGUGUCAUUCAGGACAUUUUCUACAGAGUAUACCCUCGAGCCGCCUCUGGAGUUCCAGACAAUGUGGCGAGAAUGCUCGCUACACUCAAUGGCCUGGUCGGACUUUUCAACGCCAUAUUGUUCUCACUGGAUCCGGCAUUGUUGGCACUGUAUCAUGAAAUGGAGGUGGAGAGCGAGGAGCAGAACGCGACGUAUCGCUCUGAUGAAACGUAUCAAGGUAUCGAGAUGGUACCCAUUAGAUCGGCGUACUUCACCGCUCUCGAGUAG